ACAAAUGAACACAUGCUUUUUCUCAUUUUACUCCUAAUUCUAACCAAGCAUGAACUUCUUGUUGAUACUGACCCUAAUUUCUAUUAUAGUGCGGAGUAGACAAGAGAAUGCUAGUAUGGAUCCUUGCAACGACUUCUAUGAUUAUGUGUGCACAAAUGACACCAGAAGUAUCACUAAGCUUAACUUCGCAAGUUUAUUCGAUGAUCGAGAGAUAUUGAAACCGAACAUCUCAUUUCCGAAUAACGGGACCUACAUCGCAUUAGAUCAGAUUCUUGAGCCGGAUCGCUUGAUGAAAUGGUAUAUGACGGUUAAAUCACUGGAUACGGCCACCGUGGAUUUAGAAUAUUUUUUCGAGACGCAUUACGAAUAUAUUAGCAAAAAGAACGAUUCGGAGAAAUUCAGUUUUGCGGUGGAGACCCUGGAAAACGUUAAUCUAACGUUGACAAAUAUUUUCUACAAUUCUCUCUACGCCAAUAUCAAGGUCCUCAACCAGCUUAAUCUUCCAGCCGCCGAAGAAAAUAAAUUUCUUCAUCAUAUUUCCAAUCUAUUGAAAAAUAAUACUAUCGAGGAGAUUUGGAGCAGUUCUUUAUCAAAUAAAAGUAAAAAGGUACUUGAUGAAGAACUGAACAACUCAAAAGUAUUUUUCGGACUUUUGGAUUAUAAUAAUGUCACAAUGCUAGAGGAAACUAAACUCGUUUACGAGACGGAAUAUUAUCGACUCAAAAGUUUAUUGUCGUCAGAUGAUCUUGACACCGAAAUCGCGGAGAAAAUCCUCCGUUUAGGAGCCAUUGAUACCGCGACAAAGUACUUGGCGAAACGAAUUCCGGGCUAUGAACCAGAGUUUUUGUUCUCCGCUUUUGCGUCGAAUAUGGAAAAUGAAGCGUUUAAGCACAACUCAGCUAUUUAUGCUGGAAUUGUCACCCGAAGUGAUUUACAACAACCUAUGUUAGCGAUAGCCGACACCGUUUCCGUGCUUGCCCAUGAGCUUAUGCACUUUGUCUAUCCAAGCGGAACAGAGUUACUGACUCCUAAUGUUACAAAAGCAGCAAAAAAGUGUACACAAGAUGAAGUGAAGAGGAUGGGUGACUCUGAUGUCGUGAAGCCAAUAGAUGGAUGGUUUAGUAAAAAAGUCACUCAUGAGGAUCUUGCAAAUAUAAUGGGAUUAAGGAUGGUUAUGAAGAUGGUGGCAAGGAAAUCGGCAAGUGAAGAGCAGCUGAAAAAUGCGCUUGAAACACUUUUGAGUGGAUUAUGCAUCCAAGGCAAACCAAAAAACUCAAUUUUACCACACCAUCAUCCAUUUGAAAUAUCCAUCAACACCGCAGUUCGCCAGUAUCCAUUGUUCAGCUCACUCUAUGGAUGUCGCCUUGGUGAUCGAAUGUUUGCUGAAGCGGAACAAUUUUGCAAACCACUUGGAGGCGAAGUGAAUUUGGAGGACUAUAAAAUCAAGAAUGAUACUGAAGAUAUUGGUGGAUUCUUUACUUACAUUAUGGAUACCGCAAAUGCAUUUAAUUUUUCCUUUAGAAAUUGAGUUUUUUGAGACCAUCAUUCAACAUUUACAUGCAAAAUACACGAUAUUUAAACUAUCUAUAAUAACUUGAUGUUUUCCCAGCGUUUCAUUGGUUUUCGUAUGUUUUUUUAAAACGCAUUUUUCAUCAAUUGUAUGCUUUCAGUUUAUAUGUUUUUUUUUAAAGUACACUUUUAAACUAAUAAAAAACUCUGUAUUGAUUCAAA